AGGAACUCAGCCUUCAAGGGAUUUGUAUGUUUUAUUUCAUCUAUUAAGAAUCGCUUAAGGCUCAAGUCAUCAUCAAAGUUUCCAUUGAUUCCUACUUUUCAAUUCCCUACACAAUCAUCUAGAUCUUUGAACAACAGAGAUGGAAGUUUCCGGCGCGGUUCUCCGACAGAUUCCAUUUGUUUCAGGUUCCGUUGCCGAUGGCCGUUACUCCGGUCUCCGAUUAGUAUCUGAAUUUUCCGGUAAUACGGGAACGGUAGGGUUUAGAACCAGGAAAGUUCGUGGGAUUGUUUGUAAUAGCGAGUUUGCGGAUAAAGGGCAUGUGAGUUACUAUAUAGAGCCAACGAGAUGCGGCGAGGAGAAAGAGAAGGAGAAGAUGAAGGUUAUGGAGAAGGAGAAGAAGGCGUUGAAGAAGAAGGCCAAGGUUCUUAAAAGUCUUUCUAAGAACUUGGAUAUGUUCUCUAGUUUAGGGUUUGGUCUUGAUCCUGAGGCUGGUUUGGUUGGUGAGAUUCAGACCAAGACAAUCUCGGAAGCAACAGAGAUAUUGGUUAAGCAGCUUGAGCAGUUGAAAGCAGAGGAGAAGCUAUUGAAGAAACAGAGGAAAGAAGAAAAGGCAAAAGCCAAGGCUAUGAAGAAGAUGACUGAAAUGGAUUCUGAAUCAUCUUCCUCGUCUGAAUCAAGUGACAGUGAUUGUGAUAAAGGCAAAGUUGUUGACAUGAGCUCUUUCAGAAACAAGGCUAAACCGAGUCUUGAGCCACUACAACCAGAAGCUACAGUAGCAACCCUUCUUAAAACCCAAGAGACUGUACUUCCUAAUAAGCUCGAAGAAGAUGCAACUUCUUGCAACAACAUCAGAGAAGCAUUGCAGAUUGCUCUGCAAACAUCCACAGUCUUUCCUUCCGUGGCCAAUCCUGGGCAGACAUUGAAGGCAGUAGAAGCGGUUGGAUUGCCAUUGAAGAGAGUAGAAGUUUGCAUGGGAGGGAAGUGUAAGAAAUUAGGAGGUGCUUUGUUGUUGGAUGAGUUUCAAAGGGCUAUGACGGGUUUUGAAGGAUCCGCUGUGGCUUGCAAGUGCAUGGGGAAGUGUCGUGAUGGUCCAAACGUUAGAGUUGUGAACGAGACUGAUGCUGUGAUGACUGAUUCAGUUAGGACACCGUCCAAGACCGUCUGUGUAGGAGUUGGAUUGCAGGAUGUGGAAACUAUUGUGACAAGUUUCUUUGAUGAAGAAUGUAGUAGGGAGGGACUAGGUUUUGUCUCAUAUUGAAAGUGUUUAAAUUGACUUAAGAAAUAUAUAUAGUGUGGUGGUUUCUUAUUGUACAUAUUGGUGUUCUAGAUAAUUCAUUGGUGUUAAUCUGUUGCGA